UCGGAUUCCUUUGGGAAAGGACACAAAUCACUCCCGUUUGAACAAGGGGAACAGCGAGGGAGCUGUCUCCACAAGGGUCCACCUCUCCUGGUUGAUUUCAUAUUGCUCAUUCAUGUGAUUUGAUCAGAGAAUACUCUUUGUGGAGAAAGACAGGAAAGGAAAAGGAGGAGAAAAUAAAGAAAAAAAAUAGUCUCUGGAUGAUGACAUUUGAUCUAACCCUCAGCGAAGCCCGCUCUUGAUCCUAUUGUUUCUUAAAGUGACAUUAGACUUUUUUUUUUGUGCGCACGGUAGACCAAAGGGACCUCCAGUGUAAUCUUGUAGUUUUUGUUUGUUUGUUUAUUGUUGCACGGUGUUCACUAAACCUGGAUGUUGACAUCUCGCGUUUCUUUUGGCACGUCGCUCUAUUUUCUGUUUCAGAGAGGAAGCGCUAAUAGAGACAAACGCGGUGACACCUGCUCACCCGUACACUUCUCCUUGUCUUUUUUUAACGGAGCGAUCAAAAGAAGCAAGCACCGACUGAGACGGUGACAGGAGUCUGUUUUCAUGUUCGGGAUUCAAGACAGCAUUCAAAGGAGCGGGAGUAGUAUGAAAGAGGAGCCCAUCGGUGCCGGGAUGAACGCUGUCCGGACAUGGAUGCAGGGUGCCGGAGUGUUGGAUGCGAACACAGCCGCUCAGAGUGGAGUGGGUCUUGCUCGAGCACACUUUGAGAAGCAGCCUCCUUCAAAUCUUCGCAAAUCCAACUUCUUCCACUUCGUUUUAGCGCUAUACGACAGACAAGGACAACCCGUGGAAAUUGAACGAACCUCUUUUGUUGGAUUUGUUGAGAAAGAAAAGGAAUCUACCGGAGAAAAGACCAACAAUGGGAUCCAUUACAGAUUGCAGCUUCUUUACAGCAACGGCAUCAGAACAGAACAGGACUUUUAUGUACGCCUGAUUGACUCCAUGACCAAACAGGCAAUUAUCUAUGAAGGGCAAGACAAAAACCCAGAGAUGUGCCGGGUCCUGCUGACGCACGAGAUCAUGUGCAGCCGCUGCUGUGACAAGAAAAGUUGUGGCAAUCGUAACGAGACGCCCUCUGACCCGGUCAUCAUCGACAGGUUUUUCCUGAAAUUCUUCCUCAAAUGCAACCAGAACUGCCUAAAGAAUGCAGGGAACCCACGAGACAUGCGACGAUUUCAGGUGGUGGUGUCUACAACGGUCAGCGUGGACGGACACGUCCUGGCUGUGUCUGAUAACAUGUUUGUACACAAUAACUCUAAACAUGGACGCAGGGCUCGCAGGCUGGACCCGUCUGAAGGCACUCCGUCGUACCUGGAACACGGUGAGUCUACUCCUUGCAUUAAGGCCAUCAGUCCCAGUGAAGGCUGGACGACAGGGGGUGCCACAGUCAUCAUCAUUGGUGAUAACUUCUUUGACGGCCUACAGGUCAUCUUUGGCACCAUGCUGGUCUGGAGUGAGCUCAUUACUCCUCACGCCAUCCGAGUUCAGACUCCUCCCAGACACAUUCCCGGGGUUGUGGAGGUCACUCUGUCCUACAAGUCAAAGCAGUUCUGCAAAGGUACACCAGGCAGAUUUAUCUACACAGCACUGAAUGAACCCACUAUUGACUACGGUUUCCAGCGGCUACAGAAGGUGAUCCCUAGACACCCGGGCGACCCUGAACGCUUACCAAAGGAAGUGAUUCUGAAGAGGGCAGCAGACCUGGUAGAAGCUCUGUAUGGGAUGCCACACAAUAAUCAGGAGAUCAUUCUGAAAAGAGCAGCGGAUAUCGCUGAGGCACUCUACAACGUCCCACGUGGACACAACCAGCUGCCAGGUCUGGCCAACAGCUCAGUCCACGCUGGCAUGAUGGGAGUCAACUCCUUCCACAGCCAACUUGCUGUCAAUGUGUCCGAAUCCACACAAGGAGCCAAUCAGGGUUUCAGUCGAAACACAAGCAGCGUAUCCCCUCACGGUUACGUACCUAGCACGACACCCCAGCAGAGUAGCUACAGUACCGUCUCUACCAGUAUGAAUGGAUACGGCAACACAGGCAUGACCACGCUGGGAGGAUCGCCCAACUUCCUCAAUGGCUCUGCUGCCAACUCUCCUUAUGCCAUUGUUCCUUCCAGUCCCACCAUGGCCUCCUCCACCAGUCUUCCCUCCAACUGCAGCAGUUCCUCAGGCAUCUUCUCUUUCUCUCCGGCCAACAUGGUGUCUGCAGUCAAACAGAAGAGCGCUUUUGCUCCCGUCGUGCGGCCCCAGGCCUCGCCACCCCCCACCUGCACCAGUGCCAAUGGAAACGGCCUCCAAGAUCAAUCUUUUGUGGACUCUAGCAAGUACUCCACCACCAGCUCCCUGCAGGGACUGGCCUUCUCCUGAACGAUCCCAGGGAUGAUUGUUCCUCCCAUGUAGGGGCUCCUGGGCGCGCUGAAGAGGCACAUUUGAUUUCAGCUCUGGCCAGAGAAUCUCCGCUCUGAGCUGAAGGCAAUUUCUGACGGAGGAGAAAACUGAACUUUUAAAACUCAGGCCUUUUGACAAAGGAAUCUCAUUUUAUGGGAAGAAAGUGUUUGUUUUUAAGCUAAUUUCUGAACUGCUCUACCUGAAGGACUUUCCCUCCGCAUUUCGCCCAUGCAGAAAGGAGAGACAAAUCUCCUUUUCAUUGUAUUCAUGGGCUUUUUUGAUGAAUUUAAUGAUCACAUGCCUUUUUUACAGACUGUAUCACACAAACAUGACACUUUAGGAGCGGGUGACACUUAAGAGCAGUCAGCACAGAUCUCUGUUAAUACUGACCAGUUUUUAUAUCCAAUCCAAAAAACGACAGCCAACCGUUUGAAAACAGAAGAGGGGACGUUUUUUCAUCCCAGAGCGAAGCCAACAAAUAGUUUGCCAUAAUGCUUGUUUUUGUACAAAAUGGAAUUGUAGCGCCAUUCUAACAUCCCUAUUGUUUUCUUUUCUUUUUUUUUAAGCACAGAGUCAUACAGCGCAUCUGGGUACCAGCCGGUUUGGAUGGCUAUGAUGUAGGAAAGUUAUUUAAGAGUUAUUAAAUGCCGUCAUGCCGUAAUUUUUCAAUGUCCAGAUCCGUCCUCAAAGAGAAGAAAAAGCGCCCCAAUUUCCACAACAAAUCAGUAUUUAUGUUCUUGCAAAUAUUUGCUGCUAAAUAGAGCAGAGAUGUGCAGUAAACAGAUGGACUGAAGGAACAAGUGUGUUUAGUUGCCAUGCCAUUUAACAACUAAAAAAAGUUUGAAUUUUAAUGUGUGCUCAAGGAAUGUGAUUUUUUUUUUUUUUUCAUUUUUUGCUUUGUCUAUGAAAAAUGAAACUGUGAUAUACAUUUUAACGUGUUUGGUUUGCUGUGUUCGCUAGUGAAGGAUAUAGGACAAAUGAAGAAUACUAUUUCAGAGCCGACUGUUAAAACAACCCUUUUUGUGCAUUUCUUUGGCUUGUUUUGGGGGACAUGACUUGAAUUAGCUACGUUUUUUCAUGUUUAGACAGCACUGUAUGAAGAAUGCUUUCCAAGUGUGUCAACACAUCCAACAUACAGCAGUUUGACUGGCUCACUUUUGGUAGUCAUCUAUUUUUGUACAUAUACUUUCUGUUGCCAAAGUCUUUGUUUUAUUUGUAUUUAUCUCAGAAUGGCUUAAGGCAGCUCACAAUAACACUGAUGUUCGGUUCGUUGCAUAAGUUACGCAAAAUCUCACCAACUCAAACACAAACUAUGGAUUCUGGACAAAAAGAGGGGAGUCUCUGUAAAAUAUCCAUAUAAAUAAUGUAUGUAUAUCCAGAUUUUGUAUAUUGCUUUUCUCCCCAAAUUCACUUUGAUUGUUGAAGGUUUUUCGUGUUUGUUUGCUUUCAUCACCGUUGUUUUUGUUUGAAUUUAGAUCCAUGUUUUGUAUCAUGUCAAGCUUCCAUUUUUUUUUUUUUUUUUUUUGAAAAAUAAGUUUUAUUCGUAAAAAAGCCAUUGUCUAUUUUUGUAUAAUUUGUAAGUUAAAAAGCAAUUGUUUUCCUUUUUGGAAUUUUUUAAUGUAUGGCAAAAAAGUAGCAUCUCAUGGCAUUUAGUUAUGUAGAUUUUUUAAAAAGUUAUAUAUAUAUAUAAAUAUAUGAUGAAUAUAUAAAUCUAUAUCUUUUCUUUGAGGCUUACAGAACCUGUACUAUUGUAAUAAUAUGCAUGGGCUCUUCUCUGAGAGUGAUGGUUUUAUUUUGCGUGUCAACCUAGAAGGAAGUUUUAAUCUAUGUUCUUUUCUUUCCUCUUUUAUUUAUCUGAUUAUUUAUGCCUGCUUAUAGAUCUGUCUAUUCCAUUCUCUCUCUCUUUUUCUCUCUCACGUAUAUCAGUACCAGCAGUAUAGAUGCCUUAACAAUGCAAACCCAUAAGCGUACAAUCACUUGUACAGACAACCACCACUACCAAUAACAGUAGCCACAAAGUUCCUUAAGAGAUUUCUUUCGAUACAAAAAGCACAAAUUGGUCUGUUUCACUUUUUUCUGUUGUUUCAGUUAUGAGCGGAAAUUUAAAGAGAGACUAUAUGAUUCAUAUUUUAUGUGUUUCUAGUGCCAUGGGUUGCACUUACUUAUUAAUUUAAAGCAAAAGGCUGCCUUUUUUCCGUUUAUGUCUGCUGCGUACACAACAGGAGGAGAAGCUCAAAGCCAUAUUCUACAAUUUGAGGGGACGUUCACUUUAGCUGGAGGUGCAUGUGAACCUGCAUGUUUUGGGUCGUGCAGGUACCGUUGAUGAAUUUCUCACCCUGAGCAAAGUGACUCAAUAUCAGAGCACAACGCUUUGCCCUCCGGAGCUGAGUUUUUGACUCUCGGUCUGUAACGCUGUGACUUGAUUCUAAUUCUAUUGUCAGCCGAAUCGGCCCUCGAUGAUCGGUCUUUCAUGAAUGGUUUAAGUGCUGUCUCCUGUAAUGUGUGUCUGCGAUCUGCCAUCUAACAGGAAAAAUGGCUUUUAAUAUGCUGAUGUGUGAGGACUUUUUAUCAGAGAUGACUGAUAUUUUUCUUUUCCGUAUGUGGCUGUUACAUCCAUCGCGAUGAAUAAGAUGGACAAGCAUUUGAUAGGACACAAGACUCGAACCAAAAAGCUGGUCUCCUUUUUUCCUGCCUCCUAUUCUUGUGUUUUUUUUUUUUUUUUUUUUUUUUUUUUUGACUGGAUACACACUGAACCGUUCUAUUGAUAGGAAAACUCAAGACAAAAACUACUGUAUAGAUUGUUAUCAUUUUUGAUGAAAGCUGUAAAAUAACUUUUCAAAGUUCACAAUAUUAAAUUAAAGUUACUUCU